GAGAUUGCCUAGGACUCUGGAAGUUGCUAUUUGCUACAAGCAGUGGCGGAGGGCGGGGUUAUGCUAAUGAGGGCGUGGCCUGAAAGAGUCCUUCGAAACUCUAGGAUCCACGCACCACAUGGUCUCUUUUUUUACCACCUAUCUUUCCGUGCCCACGGACGAGAUGGGGGAGAAGCAUGGAUGGGGCAUCCGCCGGCGGUGGCUGGCCGCUGCGAUCUUGGUGCUCCUGUUGGGGGUUAUCUUAGUCACCCUGACAAUCUACUUUGCCAUCACAUCGUACCGCCAGUCCAGCAAGGAUGGGCUGCGGGCUCAAGAUGAGUGUCGCAACACCACGCACCUGUUGCAGCGCCAGCUCACCCGCACCCAGGACAGCCUGCUGCAGGCCGAGACGCAGGCAAACUCCUGCAACCAGACCGUGGUAGCCCUUCAGGAUGCCCUGGAGAAGAAGGUGGCUCAAGCCCUGGAGCAGCAGGCCCUCAUCAGCGAGCUUAAGGAUGAAGUCAUGAUGCUGAAGCAGGAGCUGCAGAGUCUGAGGACCCAAAAGGAGGCCCCCAGCUCCGUGCAGGUGAGCUCUGGCUGCUCCACAGUGCUCUCCAGUCUGCUGCUGCUCACCAUGUCGCUGUGCCUGGCCUUCUGAGGACUCAGCCGUUGGCAGGUCACAGCUCUUUGAGGUCACUGUGAGUCAUAGUGGCUCUGGAGGGGUCCUGGCAGCACUGAGGAUAUGGAAACCACUAGGUGGAGCCCAGAUAGCAUCUCCUCCAAGGAACCUUAGGAGUGGGGAGGGGGCGGAGUAGGGAGGGAGUGGACU